AUGGUUUAUGGGGGGGGGGGGGGGGGGGGGGGGGGGGGGGGGGGGGGGGGGGGGGGAGGGGGGGGGGGAGGGGGGGGGGGGGGGGGGGGGGGGGGGGGGGUGCGGGGGGGUGGGGGGGGUGGGGGGGGGGCGGGUGGGGGGGAGAGGGGGGGGGAGGGGGUGUGGAGGAAGUAUGGGAGUAUUGGGAGAAGGGGAGUGAGGGGGUGUGAGGGGGGGAAAGGAAGGGUUGGGAUGGGUGUUAGUAUAGGAUAA